UAGAUUCUGGAUCUGAACCGGACAGGAGAUAAGCUCGGUUUGACACACAUAUGCGUAAAAUAGAAUUGAACCACUCGGUACGUUCUUUUAUCUGGUUCAUGUAAAUGAAAACGAGAUCAUACAAAGUAGUCGUAAACUGAAAUCAAAGGAAGGAAAAUAAGUAAGCGAGGAAAUGGCGUUGAGCUCGAUGACAUGGGGUUACGCACGGAUCAUAGCUGGAACACUUCUCGGUGGAACACUUGGAUUCUACGUUAUGCAUCGCGUCGAAGUUAGCUACAAGAUGAAGAUGGAGGAAGCGUUGAAGCAAUACGAGAAGGACAUGAAGAAGAGACAAGAAGAAGAGAAUCUCAGUCAGUUCAGUGAAGAUUCUGUCUAAGCUUUGCCUGGGAAAAUGCAGACAAAGUGUUCGACGAAAUGCCCAGACGAGAUUCUUUCUUGUUUUCUCCUUUUUUUUCUCUUUUUCCUGUAAUUUCCGGUUUGGUUUGGUUGGCGUUUUGAUAAAAGUUUUAUUGACUUUGGUUUAAAAUCUGUAUACUUGAUGGACCAGAGAAACAGCGAUACUAUAUGUACUUGUGUUUUG